GCCCCCUGCCCCCCCACCGCCCGCCGCCUGGGCCGGGCCGAGGAUGCGGCGCAGCGCCUCGGCGGCCAGGCUCUCUCCCCUCCGGCCAGCUUGCUAACUUCCUCGGCUCCGUCCUUGUCCGCCAGCGGGGGCCACCGCGUGUCCCCGCGUCCUCCGAGUCGGGUCCUCCAGGCGCGCCGGGCGCUGCCCCUGUGUGUCUCCGGCUGCCAGCCCGCGCCCCGUCCCCGUCCGGUCAUGCUGUCCCUCUGCCUCGUGGCCGCGCUGCUGCUGGCCGCCGGGCCCGGGCCGAGCCUGGGCGACGAAGCCAUCCACUGCCCGCCCUGCUCCGAGGAGAAGCUGGCGCGCUGCCGCCCCCCCGUGGGCUGCGAGGAGCUGGUGCGAGAGCCCGGCUGCGGCUGUUGCGCCACUUGCGCCCUGGGCAAAGGGAUGCCCUGUGGGGUGUACACCCCCCGCUGCGGCUCCGGCCUGCGCUGCUACCCGCCCCGGGGCGUGGAGAAGCCCCUGCACACGCUGGUGCACGGACAAGGCGUGUGCAUGGAGCUGGCAGAGAUCGAGGCCAUCCAGGAAAGCCUGCAGCCCUCUGACAAGGACGAGGGCGACCACCCCAACAACAGCUUCAGCCCCUGCAGCGCCCACGACCGCAAGUGCCUGCAGAAGCACUUGGCCAAAAUUCGAGACCGGAGCACCAGUGGGGGCAAGAUGAAGGUCAUCGGGGCACCCCGAGAGGAAGCCCGGCCUGUGCCCCAGGGCUCCUGCCAGAGUGAGCUGCACCGGGCGCUGGAGCGGCUGGCCGCCUCACAGAGCCGCACCCACGAAGACCUUUACAUCAUUCCCAUCCCCAACUGCGACCGCAACGGCAACUUCCACCCCAAGCAGUGCCACCCGGCCCUGGACGGGCAGCGCGGCAAGUGCUGGUGUGUGGACCGGAAGACGGGAGUGAAGCUUCCGGGGGGCCUGGAGCCGAAGGGGGAGCUGGACUGCCACCAGUUGGCUGACAGCUUCCGAGAGUGAGCCUGUCAGCAGGCAGGGGGCUCAGUGCCCCCUGCUGCCCCCUUCCCUGGAGGCUGCAGAGCUGACCUGGAGCCUAGGUCUGAGUCCUGGCUUUGCCUCUGGCCCAGAAGUUUCCCUCGGGGUGUGUCUGUGUGUAUGUGUGUGUGCGUGUGUGUUGAUGAGCCUGGGUAUGCGCUUGGGGUGAGCCAAACCCUAGGGGUGUCCUCAAUGGGCUUAGAUAGCCCAAGAGAGCCCUGGUAUGUUUCCAUAUUGAUCCUGGAUUCAUUCAUCCAUUCAGCCCUUCAGCCAUCUAUAAACACUUCUUGACCACAUACUACAUGCCAGCUCUAGUUUGCAGCCCUGGGGACUCAUCUUGACUCCCUCUGAUGUAGAUAUGUGGGGCCACCUCCUGCAAGGUGAGCCCAAGUCUGUGGGAGAAGAGAAGUCCCAGUUCCAUAAUCGGGGAGGAAAAUAGACAUGUACCUUGACCAUUGUCCUCAGUCUAGACAGAAGGUCUAGUCCCUACCAUAGGGAAGGUGAGGGGUAGCAGGAGACCCACUGAGACCCAAUCCCAAAACUGAAACCUGCCAGGCUCCCCUUUACUCCUCCCCAGGUCCUUCCAGCGGGAAGGACCUGCAAGGGCAAGCCCACCUUGGCUUGAUUGCCUGGCAACUGAGACCCUGCUCUGGGGAAGGGAAGAGGUCAGAGGAAGCCCUGCAGAGGGCUGGGGAGGUGGGGCCCAUCUCUGAGCAAUCAGAGUAGGAGGAAAGAAUGUAUGUGCCUGAUGGAGAAAGGGAUCGGCAUGCUGGGAGGUGAGGGACUUAUCCGGGGUGCUCCUUCCUCCUCCGUUUGUGGUCACAGACAGGAAGUCACAGGAUGGCGCCAUCCUUCAGUGGCUCACUGUCUGUGGCUCUGCCUUCCUCCCCAUGUCUCCUUCCCUGGAUUUUCCUCCCCUAUAUUUCCCUACCCCUGGGCAUUUUCUGGCUCAACUGGAUGGACAGAGACUUAGGAACCUACCAGUUGGCCAUGAUGUCUUGUCUUUUUUUUUUUUUUUUAACAAAACAGAACAAAACCAAAAAAACCCUA